CGCAGACGAUUGAACGGUGUGGUUUGCUGUGCUUUAGCCAAGCAUAUAGGAAAAUUCUCAGCAAACAAGUCAUUCAAUUACAUAAUUUUCAGCUACAAUUGUGUGUUUUAAAAAUAAAUUCCCUUCUUUCGGUUGAAUUUUUCACACAACCCACAACAAAAGAUGAAAAUUUGGACGUCUGAACACGUAUUUAAUCAUCCAUGGGAGACAGUGGCACAAGCUGCAUGGCGCAAAUACCCAAAUCCCAUGAAUACAGCUGUGAUAGGAACAGACGUUGUGGAGCGACGAGUCGAUGAUAAUGGAGUUUUGCAUACACACAGAGUCGUCAGUUCACAGUGGUACUUUCCAAAAUGGGCACAAGCGAUAAUUGGAACGGCAAAAGUGUGUUAUGCGAGUGAAAGAUCGACAGUUUGUCCGAAAGAGAAGACCAUGACACUGCAAACGAACAACAUUACCUUCGGAAAAUUCGUGUCAGUGGACGAAGUGCUGUCGUACAGUCCGCAUCCCACGGACCCAUCGAAGACGUUGUUGCGUCAAGAAGCGACCGUGAAGGUUGACGGCGUGCCCCUCAAUCACUACAUGGAAGAUAUGCUCACAAAAAGUAUCAGUUUCAACGCCAGCAAGGGACGACAGGGCCUCGAAUGGGUGAUUAACAGGAUAAAUACCGAAGUGAAUGACUUGGCGACGUCGGCAGCGAAGAGCACAGGCGAACUUUUCACACAGACACGUCGACUUAUCGACGACACGACAGAUUCGGCGCGCAAAAGCAUGGAUGAACUGCAGGCACAAACGCAAAAGAUCCGAAUCUAGUGACAUGCAACGACGAGCGCAGCUGUUUUUGUCGUCGUUGGAGCCGUUGUUGUGCUAAAGUGCAAAUGGCGCAUGGGAAUUAUCGCUAAGAAAAUCGCUUCAAAGGUCUAACGAGGGAACUAACGACGUAAGGAACAGACAAAAAUUAGGAAAAGUAUAAGAAAUUUUUAUAGCAUACCAGAGAUAAACAAUUUACAAAGACUAAAUUAAUAGAAGGGCAGGAGCCAAACGCCAAAAAUGACUCAAAUUCAAAAAAUGUCAGAGACAAAAAACAUCAAAAGUCUCCAAAUAAUAAAAAUUGUGAUCGAUUUGAUUGUAUUUUUUAAUAUAUUUAUUUAACACAACCACAAAAGAAAAAUAAUAAUCAUAAAAAAGAGACAAUUAUGCCUCAGUUCCAUAUUUUCCAACCAAUAAGAUCGCUAAAUAAAUUAUUUAUUUUUUAAUUAAAAACAAAGCAAAACCCGUCAAAAAGUCUUAUUAUUAAUAAAUGUAUUAAUAGUAGUAAAUAUUUAAUAAUAAAAAAAAUAAUUAUAUUAAUAAAGUAUCAAAAUGUACAAAAAAAUAAA